GUCAGAUAGGCAACAUGGCGGAUUUGGAACAGAUCACACAGCUUGAGGUGCUGUGCAAACAGCUCUAUGAAACAACCGAUACCAGUCAACGGGCUCAGGCCGAGAAGGCCCUGGUCAGUUUCACCAACUCACCAGACUGUCUCAGCAAAUGCCAGUUGCUUUUGGAAAGAAGUCGAUCGGCAUAUGCUCAGCUCCUCGCUGCAACAACUCUGACAAAACUCAUCUGUCGCUCAACCACAGUGCUCCCACUCGAGCAACGGAUUGACAUAAAAAACUACGUAUUGAACUACCUAGCCAGCAGGCCCAAGCUGCCGACAUUUGUGGCACAAGCCCUUAUCCAUUUGCUGUCCCGCAUCACAAAGCUCGGAUGGUUCGAUAGUGAGAAAGACAACUGGGUCUUCAGAGAUGUCAUUGAUGAUGUCUCCAAGUUCCUACAGGGUUCUGUGGACCAUUUUGUCAUCGGUGUGCAGUUAAUGUCUCAACUAGUCAACGAGAUGAAUCAGCCUGAUACUGUGAGACCGCUCACCAAACAUCGGAAGAUUGCGUCUUCAUUCCGUGACUCUGUCCUCUUUGAUAUCUUCACCCUUGCCUGCAACCUCCUCAAGCAGGCGUCAAAGGAAGGUGUCGACUUCAACGACGAAAACAAACGCUCCCUCAUGACCCAGCUCUUGCGUUUGACCCAGAACUGCUUAACCUUUGACUUCAUCGGCACCUCAACAGAUGAGUCGACGGACGACAACUGCACUGUGCAAAUACCCACUGGCUGGAGAACAGCUUUUCUUGACUUCACCACAGUUGACCUCUUCUUUGAACUCUACAAAUCUCUUCCCUCUGUCUUAGCUCCAUUGGCAUUGACGUGUUUAGUCCAGAUUGCAUCGGUGCGUCGGUCGUUAUUCAACAAUGCAGAGAGGGCCAAGUUCUUGUCUCAUCUUGUCAAUGGUGUAAGAGGCAUCCUUGAAAACCCUCAGAGCCUCUCAGAUGCGGGAAACUAUCACGAGUUCUGUCGUCUGUUGGCGAGACUCAAGUCAAACUAUCAGCUGGGUGAACUCGUUAAGGUCGAGAACUACUCGGACGUCAUUGCGCUCAUUGCCAAGUUCACUAUUACGAGUCUACAGGUGUGGCAGUUUGCCCCCAAUAGUAUUCAUUACCUACUGACCCUGUGGCAGCGGAUGGUGGCCUCCGUACCCUACGUCAAGGCCACUGAGCCUCACUUACUUGAGGUAUAUACCCCCGAGGUCACCAAAGCCUAUGUGACCUCCAGAAUGGAUACAGUCGCUGCGAUCCUGAGAGACGGACUGGAGGAUCCGCUGGACGACGCCGGGAUGGUACAGCAACAGUUAGACCAGUUAUCCACAAUCGGCCGGUGUGAGUAUGAGAAAACCUGCACACUCCUCUUCCAGCUGUUCGACACGUCGGCACAGAAAUACGAGGAACUGAUCCGGAACAAUGUUUCAGGGUUUGAGCUGGCAACCCAACAGGGUCGCUUGACGUGGUUGGUGUACAUAAUCGGUGCUCAGAUUGGUGGCAGGGUAUCUUUCACGAGUGCAGAGGAGCACGACGCUCUGGACGGGCAGCUUGUUUGCAGAGUUUUGCAGCUGAUGAACCUGACUGAUGCUAAGUUAGCGCAGGGAGGAUGUGAGAAACUAGACCUGGCAAUGCUCAGCUUCUUUGAGCAGUUCACCAAGAUCUACCUGGGCAAUCAGGUCCAAAAAUCCUCAAAGCUUUAUAGAACGUUAUCGCAAGUAUUGGGCCUGCAGGAUGAGUCAACGGUGCUUAGUGUAUUCAUUGGAAAAAUCAUCACAAACCUGAAAUAUUGGGGUCGGAGUGAGCCCAUUAUUGCCAAGACCCUACAGCUUCUUAGUGAUUUGUCCAUCGGGUACAGCAGCGUCCGUAAGCUCGUCAAGCUGGAUGCAGUGCAGUUCAUGCUUAGAAAUCAUACGAGUGAACACUUCCCAUUCCUGGGCAUCAAUGGAACAUUCUCAGUCAGCGACAUGAGGUGUCGGACGACGUUCUAUACCGCCCUCGGGAGGCUGCUAAUGGUCGAUCUCGGCGAGGAUGAAGACCGGUUUGAGUCCUUCAUGCUGCCCAUCACCUCGGCGUUUCAGUUCGUUGGUGCUCAGCUGGCCAAUGCCACGGAGGGAGCAGCGUGGAAUGAAGCAGAGACAAAGAGAACAUUAAUCGGUUUAUCCAGAGAUCUCCGUGGCAUUGCCUUUGCCUUCAACACAAAGGCCAGUUAUAUGAUGCUGUUUGACUGGAUCUACCCAGCAUACACCCCGAUACUCCACAGGGCCAUAGAGCUCUGGUACCACGAGCCCAUGGUGACCACCCCUAUUCUGAAGCUGAUGGCAGAACUGGUUCAGAACCGAUCCCAGCGGUUGCAGUUUGACGUUUCUUCACCAAACGGGAUUCUGCUCUUUAGAGAAACCAGCAAGAUGCUGGUAGCGUACGGAUCAAGAAUAUUAACAUUAGGGGACAUUCCAAAGGACCAAGUCUAUGCCAUGAAGCUGAAGGGUGUCUCGAUAUGCUUUGGUAUGCUGAAGGCGGUACUGUCGGGGAGUUAUGUCAACUUUGGCGUCUUCCAACUCUACGGUGACAGCUCGCUGGAAGAGGUGCUUCAGAUGUUUGUCAAGUUGCUGCUGUCAAUACCUCUCAGUGAUUUACUGGAUUAUCCAAAGCUCAGCUUGAAUUACUACAGCUUACUAGAGUGUCUGGCUCAAGAUCACAUGGGAUUCCUAAGCAGUCUGGAACCCCGUGUAUUCCUGCACAUUCUAUCCUCAAUAUCGGAGGGGCUCACAGCACUAGUUGUUUUGUUCCCGUCAGACACGAUGGUGUGCACUGGAUGUUGUGCAACAUUGGAUUCUAUUGUAACGUAUCUCUUCAAGAGAAUAUCCAAAUCGACAAGUAAGAAAGCCAAAAAGGAGAACGACAACUUCCCCAGAAUCAUGGAGGUACCACCGGCGAUUUUACAGCAGAUGUUGUCGUCAGUGCUGAAUAUCAUCAUGUUUGAAGAUUGUCGUAACCAGUGGUCUAUGUCCAGACCCCUUCUGGGACUUGUAUUACUCAAUGAAGAUUACUUCACAGAGUUACGAGAGAGCAUCAUCAACUCCCAGCCUGUGGAGAAACAGGAAGACAUGAGGAUGUGUUUUAAGAACUUAAUGGACGGCAUCGAAGCCAACCUUCGUACAAAAAACAGAGACAGAUUCACCCAGAACCUGUCCGUGUUCCGUCGUGACGUCAACGACUCACUGAAAACCUCAACGAGUUCCUCUUCUUUAGUUUCAUCUCUGAAUAGUGCUGAUAUGAUGAGCUAGCCAAAGACCAACCCCAAGGUUUUGUAGAAUAAACUGUAAAAAAUGAUAAAAUAGUGAGGGGUUUUUCUCCCCCUCACACAGCCAUAAGACUGUGAUAGUAUGACUUUUGUAUGAUCAAAGAACAUGAAAUCAUUCUGGACAAUCUGAAGAUUCUUUUGAAGAAAACAAUACAGCCAGGUUCAUACUUCCUGCAAAUGCGGUGUGAAUGUUGACGUCACAAAUUCA